AAUCAGCUCAACAAACGUAUCAGAAACACCGCGCCUUUAGCAAUCGAAGAUGACUUCCGUUCUCAAGAAAUACAAGGCCGCCGCCGUCAACGCCGAGCCGGGAUGGUUCGACCUCGAAGAAUCCGUCCGAAGGACCAUCCACUGGAUCAACGAGGCUGGAGCAAAUGGCUGCAAGUUCAUCGCUUUCCCGGAGUUGUGGAUCCCCGGCUACCCCUACUGGAUGUGGAAAGUAAACUACCAAGAAAGCCUCCCCCUACUCAAGAAAUAUCGCGAGAACAGCCUCCCAUCCGACUCGGAGGAGAUGCGCCGCAUCCGCGAGGCCGCACGCGCAAACAAGGUCUUCGUCUCGCUGGGCUACUCCGAAGUCGACUUCGCCAGCCUGUACACGACCCAGGUGCUCAUCUCCCCAACCGGUGAGGUCCUCAACCACCGCCGCAAGAUCCGCGCCACGCACGUUGAGCGCCUCGUCUUUGGCGACGGCACCGGUGACACUACCGAGUCUGUUGUGCAGACGGAGAUUGGGCGUGUUGGACAUCUGAACUGCUGGGAGAACAUGAACCCGUUCCUCAAGUCCUAUGCGGCUAGUCUGGGCGAGCAGGUCCAUGUUGCUGCUUGGCCGCUGUACCCUGGGAAGGAGACGCUCAAGUAUCCGGAUCCGUACACCAAUGUUGCAGAGGCGAACUGCGAUCUCGUGACCCCGGCCUACGCGAUCGAAACUGGCACUUUCACGCUCGCCCCCUGGCAAACGAUCACCGAAGAGGGAAUCAAGCUCAACACGCCUCCGGGCAAGGAACUCGAGGACCCGAAUAUCUACAACGGCCACGGCCGGAUCUUUGGGCCUGACGGACAGAACCUCGUCCCCCACCCAGCCAAGGACUUCCAGGGCCUUCUCUACGUCGACAUCGACCUCGACGAAAUCCACCUCACCAAGUCUCUUGCUGACUUUGGCGGCCACUACAUGCGUCCUGAGCUUAUUCGUCUCCUCGUCGACAAGGAACGUAAGGACUUGGUUGUGCAGGUUGACCAUGAGGACGGCGGCGUCAAGCACACAAGGACUCUGGACCGCGUCGGACUCUCUAAGCCUUUGGAUGCCGCUCGUCCUGUCGAGCGGGAAUAA